CAAUUCAUGGGGUCACAAAGAGUUGAACACGACUGAGAGACUGGACUGAACUGAACUGAGGGUUACUCUGUGCCUUUUCCAUGACACUGAGCAGGGUCCCCCUAGCUAACUGAGGACCAUAAAUGUGUCUCUGAAUGAAACAGCUUUAAUAUCCCCAAGCCAGGUUCAUGGGGGCUGGUCAUCAGCUCUCCCCACAGCUCCACAACUUGAGAGCUGGUCAUCAGCCUUCCCCCCACGCUUUAAUAUCUCCAAGACCAGCUCUUGUGAGGGCUGAUGACCAGCUCACAAGUUGUGGAGCUGUGGGGAGAGAGGGGUGGCUAGGACUUCCACCUUCUUUGAAGUAGGAGUAGUUUGGGCAAACCUAUGAUGCAACUUACUUGUCACCGCUGAGCAGUGAUGAAGCGGUCUUUCUUAGAAUGCUUUUACUGACCGGGUGCUCAUUCGCUAUUGAAAAUCAACCCAUUCGGUGCCGAACACCUCUUACAAUUACAAAGUGUUCUUUCUCAGUUCCCGCUCCCCCACCCUCCUUUCCAUCCCACUUCCGUCCUCGCCUCCUUCUUCCUCCUUUCAUCUUCCCCUUCCUCUUCUGUCUGCAGUUUUAUCCCUCCCUUGUAGCUCAAAUUGUUAAGAAUCUGCUGCAACGCGGGAGACCGUGGUUCGAUCCUUGGGUUGGGAAAAUAGCCUGGAAAAGGAAAUGGCAACCCACUUCUGUAUUCUUGUCUGGGAAAUCCCAUGGUCCAUCAUGGAGAACACAAAUGGUCUUCAGCGUGAUUCCUUGGCCAGCUGAUGGGAACUUGGUCUCCAGCUGCUAUUAACAAUCCUCCGGGUCUUGCACCAUCUCUAGGAAGCAAAACCUUUUAUCUGGAUGCUAUGACUUGGCCUUCUGGUCCAUUCAUGUCGUCCAUCAGUUUGCCCAAUUUCCACUAAUAACCCCAUCUAGAACCACAGGAAACUUGAAAUGGGUUGAUCUGGCGUCUUGAGGCCCCACUGGCUCCGGAUGGAAGCCAUGGAGAAGCUAGAGUGCUGGAAGUGACUCUCCUGAACCAGUGUACACAGGCAGUGCUGGUUCCAAUUCUCUGCCCAGAAGCACCUGGACUUUUACAGCCUGCGCCCAGCCGGGAGCAGUCACGGGCCGCGCUGCCGCUUUAAGAGAGGGGCGGGGCCCGGGUACAGGCGAGGCAGAGCCGGCCCACAAAGCUCCUUUUCCUUUUUGAUCCAUUCAAAAAUUACUCAUUGCAAAUUCCCGGACUGCUGGGAGCGCAGAAGGAAGGGGGCGGAGGAGAGAGGGCUGCUGCGGGCGCCGAGCAGGGGGCACCCGGGGCCCGAGUGGCGGCCGGCCGGCCGGGCAGAAAGCGGCUCGCAGUUUUGGCUCCGGUGGCCUCACCAGGAAGCGUCAGUCUCGACACCAGGGAACCUCCGAGCGCCGCCUGCGCCUCCGCCUGCGCCCGGCUCCGGAUCCCCAAGCCCCCCUCCCCUGCCCCGGGCCGGCCCUCCGCCCUCCAGGGCCCUCCGGCUCGGGUGCCUUCCCGGGAGAUGGCUGGCCGCUGAGCAUGGCUCAGUACGGCCACCCCAGCCCGCUCGGCAUGGCUGCGAGAGAGGAGCUGUACAGCAAAGUCACCCCGCGGAGGAACCGCCAGCAGCGCCCCGGGACCAUCAAGCAUGGAUCGGCGCUGGACGUGCUGCUGUCCAUGGGGUUCCCCAGAGCCCGCGCACAAAAAGCCUUGGCAUCCACGGGAGGAAGAAGCGUUCAGGCAGCAUGUGACUGGUUGUUCUCCCACGUCGGCGACCCCUUCCUGGAUGACCCCCUGCCCCGGGAGUACGUCCUCUACCUCCGCCCCACCGGGCCCUUAGCGCAGAAGCUCUCCGACUUCUGGCAGCAGUCGAAGCAGAUCUGCGGCAAGAACAAGGCGCACAACAUCUUCCCCCACAUCACCCUCUGCCAGUUCUUCAUGUGUGAGGACAGCAAGGUAGACGCCCUGGGGGAGGCCCUGCAGACCACCGUCAGCCGCUGGAGAUGCAAGUUUUCAGCCCCGCUGCCCCUGGAGCUCUACACCUCCUCCAACUUCAUCGGCCUCUUCGUGAAGGAAGACAGCGCAGAGGUCCUCAAGAAGUUUGCUGCCGACUUCGCAGCAGAAGCUGCCUCCAAAACUGAAGUGCACGUGGAGCCCCACAAGAAGCAGCUGCACGUGACCCUGGCUUACCACUUCCAAGCCAGCCACCUGCCCACCCUGGAGAAGCUCGCCCAGAACAUCGACGUCAAACUCGGGUGUGAUUGGGUGGCCACCAUAUUCUCCCGGGAUAUCCGAUUUGCUAACCACGAGACAUUGCAGGUGAUCUACCCGUACACCCCGCAGAACGACGACGAGCUGGAGCUAGUCCCCGGGGACUUCAUCUUCAUGUCGCCCAUGGAGCAGACCAGCACCAGCGAGGGCUGGAUCUACGGCACCUCCCUGACCACGGGCUGCUCUGGACUCCUGCCGGAGAACUACAUCACCAAGGCCGACGAGUGCAGCACCUGGAUAUUUCACGGCUCUUACUCCAUCUUAAACACAUCCUCUUCCAACGCGCUCUCAUUUGGGGACGGCAUCCUGGAGAGGCGGCAGUAUGAGGACCAGGGCCUGGGGGACGCGACACCCCUCACCAUCAUCUGCCAGCCCACCCAGCCCCUGAGGAUCAGCAGCCAGCCCGGCCCUCAGAAGAGAUGCCUCUUCGUGUGUCGGCAUGGUGAGAGGAUGGAUGUCGUGUUCGGGAAGUACUGGCUAUCCCAGUGCUUCGACGCCAAAGGCCGCUACAUACGCACCAACCUAAACAUGCCUCACAGCUUACCUCAGCGGAGCGGCGGUUUCCGGGAUUACGAGAAAGAUGCUCCAAUCACGGUGUUUGGAUGUAUGCAAGCCAGACUCGUGGGGGAAGCCUUACUGGAGAGUAAUACCAUCAUCGACCACGUCUAUUGCUCCCCGUCCCUGCGCUGCGUGCAGACUGCAUACAACAUCUUGAAAGGUUUACAACAGGAAAAUCACUUGAAGAUCCGAGUGGAGCCUGGCUUAUUUGAAUGGACAAAAUGGGUUGCUGGGAACACCUUACCUGCGUGGAUACCUCCAUCAGAGCUAGCCGCAGCCAACCUAAGUGUUGAUACAACCUACAGACCUCACAUUCCAGUCAGCAAAUUAGUGGUUUCAGAAUCCUAUGACACCUAUAUCAGUAGAAGUUUCCAAGUAACAAAGGAAAUCAUAAGUGAAUGUAAAAGUAAAGGAAAUAACAUCCUGAUUGUGGCUCACGCAUCUUCCCUGGAAGCAUGUACCUGCCAACUACAAGGCCUAUCACCUCAGAACUCCAAGGACUUUGUACAGAUGGUCCGAAAGAUCCCCUACUUGGGAUUUUGUUCCUGUGAAGAAUUAGGAGAAACUGGAAUCUGGCAGCUGACAGACCCACCAAUCCUCCCUCUGACCCAUGGACCAACUGGCGGCUUCAACUGGAGAGAGACCCUGCUACAAGAGUAACCGGGCGAGCAAGCGAGAAGAAAGAGCUUGAGGAAGGCGUGGGGAGAAGGGUCUGUAUGUGUGUUUAGUACCAGUGGGGAAGUCUGCACCACAUCCUAAGUGGACAAAGAAUAAUUUAGCAUCUUUCAGGCUUUAAAGUUCUUAGGAUGAGACUGUGUCAAGAAGAGAAAGACUUGAUUCAGGGAUAAAAUUCAUUCUCUCUGGACCCUUUUGAGAAUUGUCUUCCUACAUCAGGGCACCUGCUACCGCGGAGGGUGUUUUCUCGCUUCCGUAUAUGCUAGCUAAGGAGCCUGGGUCUUCGCAGAGGGAGCCACCAGCCCACCCUCAGGAAGGAUGCAGGAAGGUCCAGCUGGAGGGACUCUAAGCUGCCAGGCUGGGGAUGGGAUUUUCUUCUAGACUCCGUGCUCCAGUGAAAGCCAAGCUGCAGGAUUCCUUCGAGAUUACUAGAAAACAUGUGGCUUCCCAUCAAUUCCAACGCUCAGUGCGACCCACACACUAGUGCUGCUGGCUCAAGACACCUGCUCGGGGACCCUAACCUUUACGCUGGUACCACCCAUCACAUUUUCUCUACAGCUGACUGCAGCUUUUUGCUACAGUCCUACCCUCUUGCUUCUGUCUGUGAAAUGGAGAGAGAAAGCAUUUUUUGCUCUCCAAAGCACUUUUGGAUACUCAGGAGGAAGAUAAGAUGCACGUAUGAAGCAUUCAAUUGUAGGCGCAACAAACUUGUAAAACAUCAAGUGACUUGGAGUGACUCGCGUUGUAGCCUAACAAGCCACAGCACUUCUGAAUCAUUUGCGAUUUGCUCGCCUUUGCCCCAAGAGUCUAGACCAUGUUAACCAGUUAAGCAUGUUGACAUUUUCAAAAGAUGUAUGUCAGGUACAUCCUUUGAGUCAGCAAGAAGCUCAUUCUUGUGCAAUAUGGACAUCUUCCCAAACCAUACCAAGGGUCAGGUCAUCAUACACUUGCAGUACUUGUCAGCCAGAACAGAACAUUCACAAGCGGCGUCCAUCACAGCCAGGGACGUACUGCGAAGUCAGGGAACGGACUUAAAUGAUGACAAUCACGACCGCACUGCUGCUUGUGCUGUUGUGUUGGUUGGUUGGUUUUGCUAAGGUAAUUUAAAAUAGGUAGGCAGGGCUACUUGAGGAAAGUCGGGAGAGCCACAUCCCGUGGUAGCUCGUCACACCUGCUUCCUGAAUUUAGAGGGAGUUUAUUUAAAAGAAAAAUAAACGACAAUCAAACCAAAACAUCAGUUAUUGAUGUCUAGUUAAUUGUGUGACUAGCUGGCUGUCGAUGGUAGCAGACAAUGGUCUGGCACGGUGUAGUUCACUCUGUAGGAUAUACCUGCAAAAUGAAAUCCCAGCCAUUUGAAGAGAACAUUCAUGUAAAACAGAUCAAUGUAUAUUGUAGCAUUAAAUAAGCUUCAAAACCCAAAUGCAGAAAACACAUGGUAUAUAAAAACAGAUCUGUGCUCCUAUUUGGAACCAGAAUUUGAUGAUCCUUGAAAACAGGAGGAGGUGAAAGGAUGCUGGCUACGUAUGUUAAUUAGCAAGAGGAUCACUGUUGGGUUUGAGUCACUUAGAGAAAGAUGUCAUGAAUUUUAUAUUUUAAGAAACAAAUCUUUGAUUUCUUCCAGCACUGCACACUGAUCCAUCUUCUGGAUCUAGAAGUAACUGUGCUGACAUGAUUGAUUAAAAGUUUUCAGCUCAAAAUGGGGGGAGUGCAUUAAAGGUGUUAAAAGUCACAUUAUGGCCAGUCAUUCUUUUAUUUGUAAUGAGGUAAAUCCACUGUCACCAGAUCUGUAAUGUUUAUUAGAUUCUCCACAAACUCUCACGGACUUUCGGUGCUCAGAAUAAUGCUUGAACAUCUCAUAUCCUAUUUCCUUGAAAAGUGUAGCAGUGUGUGCUGGGCAGGAUCUGUACUUGUACAGAAGAAAGUUCAGACUUACCCUCUCUCUCCCUCUCCGUGGACUUAGGCCUUUGAUGACCUGACAGGUUGGUUUAGGUGGGCUGCAGUCCUAUGUGUGAGCAAAGGAAGGCAGAAAUCUGAAAUAAUUCUCUGAAUAAUUUUAGGUGGAAAACCUUGAGUGAAAGAGUUAAUUCCUCUGUUGACCCAGAUUGUUGAUCAGAAUGGCCUGAAUGAUCUCAAUUCACAUGAAAUUCUCCUUUUCCACAUAUACCUACUUGAAAAACUAAACUCGGACGACCCCAUUUGAGAAAUUCUUUGGAAAUUACAUUGCAUCUAUGUAUAUACGAAAGAGAAAAGACAACUGUAUUAUGUGAUUUCAUAUCCAUUUAAAAUUCUCAGUUGCUAUCUAUCACAACUCAAAGUUCAGGCUGGUUCUUUUUGAUCUGAGGCUGAUGCUUAUUAACAAAUAUUUUGAGGGGUUAGGAGAAAGGAGGAAGGGGAGAUGGAAGGAAAUGCCAGACAGAAGCAGCAAAUGGUUGCUUGUAAGAGGAAAUUUUUUUUUUUUAAUGUAGAAAGUUAUCUGAAAUAGACAGAUGAAAUUAAAGGAUUUAAUCUGGGCUUGAAAGUCUGAAACAGUCGGCUUCUCUCACACGUGUGCCACACCAUCCUGCUGACAACCCAGUAUUAUUCACAGAUAGACUUUGGUUUCAGUGAUUUUAAAAUGCCACGUCGAUUCCUCUGUGGACUAGAAUAAUUGGCACAUUUUAAUGCAGAAGCUUGGGGUUUCAUUUUCCCAGGCUCCUUCUCUCACUGCAGUGGCAGCUAGGAGCACAUGCCUUCACCCUAGCAAGGAGUUCAGAGUACGGUGUUUUCCAUUACAUUUAGAUUCUUAGAAUCUGAAUGGCUGAUUAAAUGGCCAUCUGAUGGCUGAAAGAGGGGGUAUUUUUCACCCUGUACUGAAAGGCUUGGAGGAGUUUCUAGUUUUUAUUUUCAUUAUACUUUAACCAAAGAAUUAUUUUAAAGUAACCUUAUAUUUGAAAGAUGAUUUUGCAAAAAAUAAAAUAAAAAUAAAAAAUAUCUUCUGGAGUGAUGUCAGUUUGGUAAAUCACUGUUGAUAAUUUUCUUGCAUUUUAGGCUGAUGUGGUCGUUUCCUGUCAGUGGAAUCUGAAAUGCAUAUAGAUUGUCAUCCAGUUGUGCUUAGUAUUAUCAUAAAUGUAUCUUUUCCACUCAACUAGCUGUGUUCAUAUUAAACCAAGUCUCUUAUUUCAGUCACCUACUGUCAUCAGGACUAAUUGAAAAACCACAGUCAGAGAAGUUCCUAUUUCAUUGCCUUUGUAGAAAGGCGGCCCUAUGUGAUCAACGGGGAGGCAUUCCACGUAACCUAGGCACUCGGCAACUCCAGUGUUUAAUUUGAAAGCAGUGAUGAAUCGCUCUUUUGAAUGUACUCUUAAGUCACGCGUGUGUCAGAAUACAGAUGAACCCCCUUUAAUUUUCGCAGGCACAGUCACAACUGUGCUGUGUCUGCACCAACUCCUCAGAUAAUGCGGCUCAGGAUUAUUUGCAUUUAAAUUGCAGUCCAGCACGCGUGUGAACGCUCAGAGAUGCCGGUGGGGCUGCCUCCCCAGGAGGGAUGUGAUCUGUAGAGGAGGGUGGGGAAAGAGCAAUUUAAUGUCUAUACUAUUUAGCUUAAUGUUCACUUUAGAAAGGUGAUGCAGGAUAUUUUGUUAGUGAUGGCAGAUGCUUUUCAUGAAAAACUUUAAGGGAAGGGAGGAAAAACCUCUGUGCAGAAGAAAUAAUUCGAUUUUUAAAUACAUAUAAUAUUUUGUUCAGUGUAUGUAGGUUUAAAAUUAUGAUGGAUAGUCAGACUUAAUAUAUAAUCAGUUCUUACAAUGGUUUUAUACUGAACCAUUUAGCUGCCAUUACACAGAAAUUUGAAUUUUACAAUUGCUCAACUAUUCUUGGACUCUGUACAGGAUACAUAUAUAUAUACACACACAUAUACAUAUAUGUAUGUAUCUAUAAUGGGAAACGUACUGGUUCUUCCUUUGGUUACCACUCAAGAUGGGAACAGCACCCUGAAGCAUUUUGGUUACGCAUAGACUAUUCUAAACCUGCUGUUAGGGGAGGUGUAUUGGUUUCUUUCUCCUUUAUAAGGCUAUUGUAUCAUUAACUUUCUGUGUGAUUCAGGUGUAUUUAUUUGUGACAAGGCUUUGUAAUUAUAAAAAAGGGAACCCACACCUGACUGUAUUGCCAACUCCCUUGUAAACUACCUGUGGCGUCUCGUUUCCUGGUCGCGUGCUCUUCUCGACACAGCUCUGGCACCAUUGUAAUUAGUUCAUCCACUCCAUUAGCAUCUCCAUUUAAGUGGUUCCCAGAUGAUUUAAUAAAGAGAAACUGUGUCCUCA